AUGGCAGAGUCCUGUAAACAGUAAGAAAUAAUAAAUUAUAGAUCGGAGAGUGGAAGUGUGAUAGCCUCAGAUAUGAAGUUCAAUAGCUUCCUUUAUAGGACUCAACAUUUUCAAUUCUGUUUCGUUUCUCUUAGGAUUUCCCGACAUGGAAGAACAAAAUAAAUUUAAUUUUCCCAAUAACUCCGUCCAGUUUAACAAAUUAUAAUAACUGGGCUGGUGUAAUAAGAAAAACAAAUUUAUCAGUUAACAAUAAGUUGUUUGGUCAGUAUUUCUUGUACAAUAUCAGGGAAAUGACAGAUGUCCUGUAAACAGUAAACAAUAAUAAAUUAUAUGCCAGAGAGUGGAAGUGUGAUAGCCUCAGAUACAAAUUUCAAUAGCUUCCCCAAUAGGACUCAACAUUUCCAAUUUGUUAAUGUUUACCAAACACUUUUAAUCAUAACAAUUUACAACAAAUAAAAUUCCAAAAAAUAAUUAACAUUUUGUAUUUGCAUAUAAAUUCUAGCCCCGUUUAUUUGCAAUCUAGCAUUAAAAUUUACAAUUAUCAUGAAAUCUUUGUGAUAGAGCACAUUAAUUCACUCAGAAUCGAAACUUGUGGCUGUAUUACUGUUUUUUGGGUAACAGUGUGUUAUACUGCCUUGAGUUUCCUUCACAUGUUUUAAUUCUACUGCUAACACAUUUGAAAACAACACAUAAAGCACCAUCUUUACUUUACCCAUUCUUUGAAUCAUACUAUAUAAUAUAAGAAUUUGAAGAAGAAAUCAUAGACAUGUAUAAGAUAAAUUCUAAAGAUUUGUGGAUGAUAUUGCUCAGAGGCGGGAAAAAACUAAAAUAUUGCAAGAGUAUCAAAUGAAAAUAAAUGUAAAUAAAACAAAAACAAUGAUGGUAACAAAAGCAAAAGAUUCCCAUAGUAAGUUGGAAAUAUAUAAUAACUCAAUUGAAUAAGUUAAGUAAUUCAAAUACCUAGGGAGUACACUAACCAAUGAUGGUAGGUGCUCAAUAAAAAUUAGAUAAAGAAUAGGUAUUGUAAAAAGAGCAUUUGUGCAAAAAAGGCAGUUUCUUACAAACAAAAAACUUAAUAUAAAAAUGAGGAAAUUUUUUUUAAAAUUCCAUGAAUGGCACACACUGCUAUAUUGUUGUGAAACAUGGACUAUUAGUGAACAAACAGGAUAAGAGGAAGUUGGAAGCAAAGGGAAUAUGAACAUGGAGAAGAUAGUUGAAAAUCAACUGGACUAAAAUGAAAAAUAAUAUAUAUAUAUAUAUAUUAAACAAAGGAAAGGGAAAAAGAAUUCUGUAAUCAUAUAAAAGAAUAAAACGGAAAAAUGUUUGAUCACAUGCUGAGGCACAACCCAUUUAUUUGAGCUAAUAAAUGGACAGAAGGGGAGAGGCAAACCGAGAAAAGCAUAUAUAGAAGAAAUGAUAAGACAAGUUGACUGUAUUCAAUAUGUGGACAUGAAAAGACUAGCGUUUAAAAGAGAGGAGUGGAGAACUAGAUUUGCAAUGACAAGGCAAGGCCUUUAAUAGAGAAGAUUAAUUAGGUUAAUAAAUACAACUGAUUAAUCGGGAUAAUUAUUUAAUAAUAAAAACAAAUGUACAAAGUCUGUAAAUACGAAACAGGAAUUCUCAUGUAAAUAUCUCUAGUUAUCAAUUUAGUUAAUUUUAAACAUCACAUUUUCAUGUUGACACCCAUUAAAAGAUAUUUAACUCGUACGAAUACAAGUUUCAUACAACUGCAUAGUUUGUUAUAGCAUUAAAUAUGUCAAAUUUUGUGCUUUGAAAUUACGAUUUGUAUACAAGAUUAAUUUUCUAAUACCAUUUGAAAAAAAUUGCUGCAGUGAGAAUAUCACAACGCCCUAAAUAGUUUAAAAAAUUAAAAAAAGCAAUUUUGAUACAAAAAACAAAGAACGUGGAAGACCACGAAAAAUAAGCUUGAAGACUUGUUGGAUGAAGAUAACUCUUAAACGCUACAAAAACUCGCAGAUCAAAUAAACGGGAAAAUGGGUUCCAUAAACUUAUGAAAGACAGCAGAAAAACCAAUGAUAAAAAAGCUGAUAUAUUUUGAGAACUGUGUUAAAAAUAAUAGUUAAUUCGAUAUCAACUAAGAGGCCAGAUUGCUAUGGACUGAAGAUAUUUCUUCGUGUUUAGGGGGAGAUCAGAAGAGUGUGAUCUAUUAUGAGCUGCUUAAACCUAGUGAAACUGUUAAUACUGAGUGUUACAGAUAACAAAUGAUCAAUUUUAAUCAAGCUUUGUAUGAAAAAUGCAAACAAAGUGAUUUUAUUUUGCAUUAUAAAACUGCAUCAUCACACACAGCAAAACUAACGAAAGAAACAAUUGAGAUAUUUAUAGUUCAGAAAUAGUUUCGGAUGCGGUGUAUUCACCAGACUUGGCUUCGUCUGAUUACUAUUUAUUUGCACCGAUGGAACAUGCACUUGCCAAUUAUUACUUCACUUUUUGCGAAAAUGUAUGAAAAUGGCUUGACGACUAAGUUGUCUCAUAAAAGCAACAGUUUUGUCUCAGUAUCUACAAAUGACCAGACAGGAAAAAUAUAGCUAGUAAUGUGCAUUGUUUCAAAUAAAAUAGUUGAUCUUUUUUCUUCAAUAAGCAUGUAUUUUCUGUACAAAAAUUCCAGUUUCACAUUUAUAGACCUGGUAUAGUACAGUGUAAACAUUCAUGGCAUAUCUGGACAUUUUUUUAGAGUAUAAUAAUAGAUCAAUAGUCAAAUAAAAAUGUACAGAAUAUAUAUGCUCAUUGCUUAUAUUUUUUGAAGAAUUCUUGAUUUUAAUGUUCUAAGAUUAUCUUUUUAAAUCAUAAAGAUAUCAAUAGAUAGUACAUUAAAUAUUAUUGUAAUGCUGUUGUUAGUUAAAAUAUUUUUUUAAAUAUUAACCCCUUCUUGUAAAAUUAAUAUAGAAAUUAGAAUUAGUAAAUUAUGCAGUAGAAAGAGGAAUAAAACUAAUAAAAGAAUUUGAUAAAAAAAAAAUAUAACAUUAGAUAAAGAAGAAAACUCUGAAACAAUUCCUUAUACAAGUAAAUAUAUUCUAAAUUAAUAUAUUUUAUGUUUCAGACUGUACAAGAUAUGGUCAAAAAUAUCAAAUACCAACAUUAAACAUAAUUAAAAAACUAGUUUAAUAAAAUAAAAUAAUUUUAUUUUUUUAUUAUUAUAAAAUAAAUUAAGUAAUUUCACAAUGUCUGUUUUUUUUUUUUAUUCAUUUUGCAAGAAAGGGUUAAUAUUUUGAAAUAUAAUAUAAUAUAUAUAUUUAUUUGAUAAAUAAAAGGAGGAAAUUCAAAAAUGCCAUUGAUGAGGAAGGUCAAAAAGAAUACAGGAAGCUGAGAAAUGAGAUCAUAAGGAAUAUAAGAGAAAAAGACGAAUACCUGAAUGAGAUAUGCGAAGAAAUCAACAGAGAACUAAUAGCUAAUAAUUUAGAUAAAGCGUACAGGAUGGUUAGAAAGCUCUUUGGGGAAGGAAAAAAGAAAGCUUCAAUAAUAAAAGACGAAAAGAGUCAACUUCUAUAUGAAGAAAAGGAAAUAGUUAAUAGAUGGAAAGAAUAUUUACAAAAACUUUAUGGAGACGAACCAAUGAAUGGAAAUGGAGACGAACCNCUGGCAGAACUAUUGAAAAACUGUGGUGAGAAAGCAAAAGAUGUACUUUUCAAAAUCAUAUCGAGCAUGUACAAAACUGGCCAAAUACCAAGUGACUUCACAAAAUGUCUCAUAAUUCAAAUCCCGAAAAAAAGCAAAAGCCCAAACAUGUGAACAAUACCGAACUCUAAGUUUAAUAUCUCAUGCAUCUAAAGUGCUCACCCUCAUCAUAAUGAGAAGAAUAGAAACUAAAAUUGAAGGAAGUUUAACAGACGACCAAGAGGUAUGGGAACUUGAGAAGCCAUCUUAUCAUUAAGGCAGGUAAUUGACAAGAUGAACAGGAAAGGAAAAACUACUUUUAUAUCAUUUGUAGACCUUGAAAAGGCCUUUGAUAACGUGAAUUGGGACAUAAUGUUUGACACUUUAAAGAAAACUGGAGCAAGUUAUAGAGACAGAAGGAAAAUUCAUAGUUUGUAUAAAAACGAGAUAGGAGUAAUCAAAAGUGGAGCAAGUGAAGAAGAGGCCAAAAUUAUGAAAGGUGUCCGUCAGGGAUGCUCACUGUCACCAUACCUCUUUAAUUUGUACAAGAGGCCAUUAACAAGAUUAGAGAGAAGGGUGGAGUCGGAAUAAACAUACACGGAGAGAAAAUAGACAUGCUCAGAUUUGCAGACGAUAUAGCUGUACUAGCAGAAAAUGAAAACGAUCUACAAAACACACUUAAUAUAAUGAAUGACACUAUGAGAGAUGAGUUUAAAAUGAAAAUAAAUAUUAAGAAAACAAAGAUCCUAAUAAGUAGUAGACGUGAAUAACAACUAACAUCACAAUUGAUAACGGAUCAUUGCAACAAGUAUAAGAAUAUAAAUACCUAGGAAGUUUAAUAACGGCAGAAGGUACUAGUAAAAAAGAGAUAGUAAGUAGAAUAAAUCAGGCAAAAUGUGCAUUCAAUAAGAAAAAGAACCUAUUCACCUCCAGAAGCAUAGAUAUUAACAUCCGAAAGAAUUUGAUUAAAACAUACGUGUGGAGUGUGGUGUUAUAUGGUAGUGAAACUUGGACGAUCGCUAAAGCAGAAGAAAAUAGAUUAUUAGCUUUUGAAGCAUGGUGUUGGAGAAGGAUGCAAGGAAUAAGCUGGAGAGAACAUAUGACAAACGAUGAGGUAUUCGCAAAAGCUAAAGAACGAAGAUGUUUCAUGAAAAGUUUGAAGAAAAGAAGAACCAAAUUAAUAGGACAUAUACUAAGAUAUAACAGCCUACUGAAAAGAAUUAUGGAAGGAAUGAUAGUAGGAAAGAAUGUAGUUGGUAGACCCCUUCUGAACUACUUACAACAAAUAAUGAGGGAUGUGGACGUCCCAGGCUACAAACACAUGAAAAGGAAGGCGGAAAAUCGGGAAGAAUGGAGAGUUGCAACAAACCAGCCCCACGGCUGCUAA